AUGGUCGAAACUAGGGGUGACGGUCGUACCGUUCCAGUGAACUUUGAACUUGAGCUUAUUUGCGCGUAUCGUGGGAGGGUCUUCCCCACUUUCGGCGCACGUGCUUGUCAAGUUGAAGUUCAAGUGCUGUUCAAGCUUUUGCCAGUCAUUGAGGUUGACUUAG